ACGCUGCUUCUGACAACACCAUCAAGCACACAACCAACACUCGUUUCUGCAAAAAAUAAGGAAAUCAAUCAAUUUUCAAGAUGUUCCAAAAUAGUGCUGCUAAACUUUUGGUUCCUGCGAUGCGAGGUGCCCUUCAAAGGCGCAGCCAAUCUGUUGUGUCUGGUCCCCCAACCAAGCACGUCUCUACUGCUGAGAAAGUAAUCCUUGGUGGUGGCAUGUGCGCUGCAUCCCUGUUCAUUCCGGCCUGGGUUUUGUACCACAUCCGUGACUACAAAGGCGGAAAGUAAGCUUGGAGCAUCAUCGACCUUUUAGAAUUCACUACUGUAGAUAAAAUGUUGCUUACAAAUACAGAGUCAAAGUAACCAAAAUACAUUUAACUUAACUAGA